GUAUGAUUUUUUACUUGUCUCUUUCUUUGUAAAGUUGAGUGCUAUCACCAGGAGCAACAACAAGACACCAUCGACCUCUCUUUUUCUCCGCCAGCACAAAUUUGAAUAGGCGGCAAAACCCACCAGCUCCUGUUGUGGCUCUUGUGAUAAACAACAACUCGCCAAAAGCCACGAACUUGGUGUUCAACACGCGUGUUCGCUAGAAGAAGGACGAGAAACAAAAAAAAAAGAAGAAAGUCAACAUGUUGCCGACGAUGCGUUUCCAGCUGUGUAAAAUAACAACCUGCCUUCCUACACAGUGGCCAGCCACACGUGUGCGUCAUUUACAUGCAGUGUCGAAAUGCUGGUCUCGGCACAUGUCACAGUGGCCACCGGAGGGGACCUUGGUGACAUUAAGACUUCGUAGUAUGCGACACUGUCAAGUAAACGUGUGCAAAGUUAUGAGUCGUCGAGGAUUGGCGUCACCCAGCAACGAAGGGCCCGAAAAGACAACCGCCACGCAGAAACUACAGCAGAAAGCAGCCAAUGCGAAACUGAUGAUUAACAACAUUAAAGACAAGGCCAUCCCGACGCAUGAAAAUAUCUACACAGUUCCAAAUUUCCUGACAUUUGCAAGACUGGUUUCUGCACCCUUCAUCGGAUACUUGAUCAUGAAACAUGACUAUGACUUUGCAUUAGGCAUAUUUGCAUUGGCAGGAUUCACGGACUUGCUUGACGGAUAUAUUGCGCGCAAGUACAAUCUCAAGACCGUGGUUGGAAGCAUCAUUGACCCUCUUGCCGACAAAGCAUUAAUGACGGUAAUGACAGUAACUCUGGCAGCAGAAGGUGUUUUACCGAUGCCCUUGGCGGCCCUAAUUCUUGGACGUGACGCGGGGCUUGUGCUCUCCUCAUUUUAUUAUCGGUACAUCUCGUUGCCUAAACCAAAAACACUAGUGCGCUACUUUGACUUCUCCAUACCAUCUGCUGAGGUGCGUCCCACCAUGAUCAGCAAGGUCAACACAGCGCUCCAGCUCGUGCUCAUGGCAGCUUCUUUGACGUCGACUGCUCUGGGCCAGCCCUCGGCUGAGAUUAUGACAGCUUUACAUUGGACAGUUGGUGGCACAACGGUUUGGUCCGGCGCCAGCUAUAUUUAUUCCAAAGACGCAGUGCGAAUCCUUAAUCGCGACUAAGUAAGACAGAGGGUGUCUCACCGACGCACACACACACAGAAAGGCAUCCGUAGUGUUGUAAUUAGGAAUUUUACCACUACAGGAACAGCACUUGAUAUUAUAUUCACCAUGAUAAGGAAUUCCAUUUUCUCUCUCUCUUUCUCUCUUUCUCUUCUCUUUUCUGCUCUUUCACUUCUUCGUCUUAGUCAUUCCUUCGUUCACUCUUUUCCUCUUUCU